AUGAAGACCGCUCAAGUCCUCCGCAGGAUGUGGGUCCAGGCUGUCAAAAAGUUGGGGCGAUGGAAAGGCCAUGUGAGUCCCUCUGCAAGCUCUCCCCUUUCCUUUCCCCACCUUUCUUAGAGGGAAGGGAGGGGGAGCAACACCCCUCUCACAGCCCCAGGCAUGGAAGAGCUGAUAUGGGAACAGUACACUGUGACCUUACAAAAGGAUUCCAAAAGAGGAUUUGGAAUUGCAGUGUCCGGAGGCAGAGACAACCCCCACUUUGAAAAUGGAGAAACGUCAAUUGUCAUUUCAGAUGUGCUUCCAGGUGGGCCUGCUGAUGGCUUGCUUCAAGAAAAUGACAGAGUGGUCAUGGUUAAUGGAACCCCCAUGGAGGACGUCCUACACUCAUUUGCAGUUCAGCAGUUGAGAAAAAGUGGGAAGAUCGCUGCUAUUGUGGUCAAGAGGCCCCGGAAAGUCCAGGUGGCCCCGCUGCAGGGCAGCCCUCCCCUGGGUCAUGACGACCGGGCCUUUGAGGCGAUGGACGAGUUUGACGGCAGAAGCUUCCGCAGUGGGUACAGCGAGAGGAGCCAGCUGAGCAGCCGCGGGGGGCGCAGCCGCAGCUGGGAGGACAGCCCGGAGAGGGGGCGCCCCCACGAGCGGGCGCGGAGCCGGGAGCGGGAGCUCAGCCGGGACCGCAGCCGCGGCCGGAGCCUGGAGCGGGGCCUGGACCAGGACUACAGGCCACCCCGCGAGGGGGAUCGCAGCCGUGGCCGGAGCAUCGACCGCGACUACGAUCGAGCCUGUCACCAGGCCUACGACCCCGACUACGAGCGGGCCUACAGCCCGUCGGGGGAGUACAGCCGCAGGGGCCAGCACGACGGCCGCUACCCGGUGGCCCGGAGCCGCAGUCGCGACCACCUGCGCUCGCGCAGCCCCAGCCCCGAGCAGAGGGGGCAGCCGGGGCGCUCAGGCCAGCCCGACCCCGACAGGCCCAUCGGGGUCCUUCUGACCAAAAGCAAAGCAAAUGAAGAGUAUGGUCUCCGGCUUGGCAGUCAGAUCUUCAUAAAGGAAAUGACUAGAACGGGUCUGGCAACUAAGGAUGGCAACCUUCACGAAGGGGACAUCAUUCUCAAGAUCAAUGGAACUGUAACUGAGAACAUGUCUUUGACGGAUGCUCGAAAAUUGAUAGAAAAGUCGAGAGGAAAACUACAGCUAGUGGUGCUGAGAGACAGCAAGCAAACCCUCAUCAACAUCCCGUCAUUAAAUGACAGUGACUCGGAAAUAGAAGAUAUCUCAGAAAUAGAGUCAAACCGAUCAUUUUCUCCAGAGGAGAGACGCCAGCAGUAUUCCGAUUAUGAUUAUCAUUCCUCAAAUGAGAAGCUGAAGGAAAGACCGAGUUCAAGAGAGGACACGCCAAGCAGGUUGUCCAGGAUGGGCGCCACACCCACUCCGUUUAAGUCCACGGGGGAUAUUGCAGCCACGGUCGUCACAGAGGCCAAUAAGGAACCCAGAUACCAAGAGGAACUCCCAGCUCCUCAACCAAAAGCAGCCCCGAGAACUUUCCUUCGACCUAGUCCUGAAGAUGAAGCAAUAUAUGGCACUGAUACCAAAAUGGUGAGGUUCAAGAAGGGAGACAGCGUGGGCCUCCGAUUGGCCGGUGGCAAUGACGUUGGGAUCUUUGUCGCUGGCAUUCAGGAGGGCACCUCGGCGGAGCAGGAGGGCCUUCAAGAAGGAGACCAGAUUCUGAAGGUGAACACACAGGAUUUCAGAGGGCUGGUCCGAGAGGAUGCUGUUCUCUACCUGUUAGAAAUCCCCAAAGGUGAAAUGGUGACCAUUUUAGCUCAGAGCCGAGCUGAUGUGUAUAGAGACAUACUGGCUUGUGGCAGAGGGGAUUCGUUUUUUAUAAGAAGCCACUUUGAAUGUGAGAAGGAAACUCCGCAGAGCCUGGCCUUCACCAGGGGGGAGGUCUUCCGAGUGGUGGACACACUGUAUGAUGGCAAGCUGGGCCACUGGCUGGCUGUGAGGAUCGGAAAUGAUUUGGAGAAAGGUUUAAUCCCCAACAAAAGCAGAGCUGAACAAAUGGCCAGUGUGCAGAAUGCUCAGAGAGACAAUGCUGGGGACAGGGCAGAUUUCUGGAGAAUGCGUGGCCAGAGAUCCGGGUUGAAGAAGAACCUAAGGAAGAGUCGGGAAGACCUAACAGCUAUUGUGUCUGUCAGCACCAAGUUCCCGGCGUAUGAGAGGGUUUUGCUGCGAGAAGCUGGUUUCAAGAGACCUGUGGUCUUAUUUGGCCCUAUAGCAGAUAUAGCAAUGGAAAAGCUGGCACAUGAGUUACCUGAUUUGUUUCAAACUGCUAAAACAGAACCAAAAGACGCAGGCUCUGAGAAAUCCAGCGGAGUAGUUCGGUUGAACACUGUGAGGCAAAUUAUUGAACAGGAUAAGCAUGCACUAUUGGAUGUGACUCCGAAAGCUGUGGACCUGUUGAAUUACACCCAGUGGUUCCCGAUUGUCAUUUUUUUCAACCCAGACUCUAGACAAGGUGUUAAAACCAUGAGACAGAGGUUGAAUCCAACAUCUAACAAGAGUUCUCGCAAGUUGUUUGAUCAAGCCAACAAGCUUAAGAAAACUUGUGCACAUCUUUUUACGGCUACAAUCAACUUAAAUUCAGCCAACGAUAGCUGGUUUGGCAGCUUGAAGGACAGCAUUCAGCACCAGCAAGGAGAAGCAGUCUGGGUCUCCGAAGGAAAGAUGGAAGGGAUGGAUGAUGACCCGGAAGACCGCAUGUCCUACUUAACCGCCAUGGGCGCGGACUAUCUGAGUUGCGACAGCCGCCUCAUCAGUGACUUUGAAGACACGGACGGCGAAGGAGGCGCCUACACUGACAAUGAGCUGGAUGAGCCAGCCGAGGAGCCGCUGGUGUCGUCCAUCACCCGCUCCUCGGAGCCGGUGCAGCAUGAGGAGAGCAUAAGGAAAGCCAGCCCAGAGCCACGGGCUCAGAUGAGGAGGGCUGCUAGCAGUGAUCACCUUAGGGACAGUAGCCCACCCCCAGCAUUCAAGCCAGAACCGCCCAAGGCCAAAACCCAGAACAAAGAAGAAUCCUAUGAUUUCUCCAGAUCCUACGAAUAUAAAUCAAACCCCUCUGCCAUUGCUGCUAAUGAAAUUCCCGGGGCAUCUACCAAAGGUCAUCCUCCUCCUGUUGCAGCGAAACCUGCCUUUGGGCGGUCUAUACUGAAACCGUCCACUCCUGUACCCCCACCAGAGGGUGAGGAGGUGACAGAGAGCAGUGAGGAGCAGGCUGACCCUCCCAAAUCAGUCCUGGGCAAAGUCAAAAUAUUUGAGAAGAUGGACCACAAGGCCAGGUUACAGAGAAUGCAGGAGCUCCAAGAAGCACAGAAUGCAAGGAUUGAAAUUGCCCAGAAGCAUCCUGAUAUCUAUGCAGUUCCAAUCAAAGCACAUAAGCCAGACCCUGGCCUACCCCAGCACACAAGGUAAGGGCUUCUUAGCAGAAGCCCCGAGCCACAAAAGGGUCCUUCCAGACUUUAUCAGGAUGCCAGAGGAAAUUAUGGCAGUGACGUCGAGGAGGAGGAAUACCGCCAGCAGCUGUCAGAGCACUCAAAGCGCGGUUAUUAUGGCCAGACUGCCCGAUACCGAGACACAGAAUUAUAGAUGUCUGAGAAUGAACUCUUCCGGGACCACCUGCCAUCAUGUCAAAGUAACACUUCUGCCAGGCCGCCGGGAUGUUCUUCUCCGGUGAAAAUGCACUGUGCGACGUGGUAGGGCUCCAGCGUGUGUGUUCUCUUGGAGAACCCAGGGGGCAGCCCGUGCAGAUUGAGAACUGUAGGCUCUGCUUAUGGGACUGGGUUGGAGGAGUCUAUGACUUUUUGCUUGGAAUUAACAGGAAUGCUACAGUCUGAUACUGUUACUUGCUUCAGUGGACCAAAAUCUAUAUUAAUUUCUAUUUGCAUAUUUUUUAAUAUGUAUAUUAAGAAGCGAUAACUAUUUUCCCUCCCUAAUAGCUGCCUUCAAGGACUGUUUAAAUGUGAAGCAGAAUGUGAAAAAGAAGAGUAAAAAAUACUGUUGGACUCGAACUAAAUUCAAAGAAGUAUUUUAUUAUACUAAGUGCCUUUGCUGAGAAGUGUCUUAUAUUUUCUUUCUUUGAAGCUUUACGCAGAGCCAUAAUGGACUAAAACAUUAUUUUGACUAAAUUUUUAUACCCAUUUAAUAGCUGUGGUUUUCCCUACUCUGUGUCAUCAUUUCUAGACAUUUGUCUUUGUAAUAUUUACCAUAAAUUCUCACUGUAUAUAUAAUAGCUAUACUGGGUAGUUGGGCAUAAGCGCUCUAUAGCUUGAAGACCAAGAAGUUGGUAUAGAAAUGUUUUGUUUGUAUGUUGAAAACCACGUGCUCCACAAAAGCAGAUACUUGCAGGAAAACACAUUUUAUUUCCAAAAGUGUGUAUAUUGACAAGUCAGUUUUAUAAUUUAAUAAAAAAGGAGUACAUUGCAAUCAA